UUGUCAACACAAGAGAGCACUGUAGAGUCACCAGUCCGAAAGGAAUGAAACGCCUCAAUCUAGUCAAACUUCACACACCUGUAUCGUCAAGACUAGCGAAUCAUGUCAGGUAAAAUAGACACGUCGACGUUCCUCUUCGACGUCCCGCCGGUGCUGAUGGGGUCUUUCUGUAGACUGAUGGACAGCGCGGUCGACGGUCUGGGAUGGAGAGCUUUAGCUACUCACAUCCUUCCCAGUCAGCUGGAAGUGAGAUGCGUUGAAAUGUACGUGGCUGCUGGGAAAAGUCCGACCCAAGAGCUCAUGUGGUUGUGGGCCCAGCAGAACAAAACCGUAGGGGAUCUGCUGAAGGUUCUGGAUAAGAUGGGUCAUGCUCGAGCCAGGAGUCUUUUCCAAUCACAAGACUCCUGCAUGCUGAAGUCAUCCUCGCCCACUCUCUUUGCCACGCAUCUGCCAAACACUGAGGAAUCCUGUCAAAUCUCACCUCUUAAUCCAGAGUCUGUUUCUGUUAAAGGUGAAAAACAGAAGUAUUUCAUCACAUAUAAUGACGUCAUAGAGGGAACGAGACAUUUCCACCAGGACUUAAAAAUCGGAGCAAGUGCAUUCGCCGAGGUCUACUGCGGAAAAUGGGGAAACGGGUCUUUUGCUGUGAAAGUUUUUAAACAGGGAAACAAAGCUAAUUGGAAGGCAUUGUGGGAAAAAUUCACCAAAGAAAUUGAAGUUCUACAACUCUACCAGCAUCCUAAUAUCUUGGAGUUAUGGGGCAGCUUUUCAGAAGCAGAUCGCUUCUGUUUAGUUUAUCCGUACCUUCAUAACGGAUCACUGUUCCACAGGCUUCAUGAGGAAGUUCAGAGGCCUCGAUCAUGGCAGGAAAGGCUGAACAUCAUCAAAGGCACCGCAAAGGCAGUCAACCAUCUACACACUGCACAACCGUGCAUGGUUAUUUGUGGAAACAUUACGAGUUCAAACAUACUCUUGGAUGAGCACCUGCAGCCCAAAUUAUCAGAUUUUGGAUUAGCUUGUCUCAGACCUCACUCUGUCGACCAGAGCUGCACUAUAGUCAUGGAUACAGCUUCUCAUAGCAACCUUUGCUAUCUCCCAGAGGAGUACAUCCGUGAUGGCAAGCUGUCAGUCAAACUUGACGUGUACAGCCUUGGCAUGGUUAUAUUAGAGACAUGUACUGGACAGAAGGUGAAACAAGAGUCAAGAAAAAGCCUGUUUUUGAGAGAUGUACUGCAUUCAGAGUUUGAGGAAAAAGGCUCGGUGGAUGCCUGUCUGCGGUUUUUAGAUCCCAAAGUUGAGCACUGGCCUGCUGCUGUGGCACUUUGUCUGCUCCGAAUCGGAUUAGAGUGCACAGGCAGCAAAAUGCGAGUCAGGCCGAGCAUGGAAAUGGUGCUUCAGAGACUAAACCAACUUCUUCCCAUGCCUGCACUGCCUGAGGACCAGCCGCACACUCUAGAUGAUACAGUCCCUCUUCAGCAGCCAUACAAUGGCCACAGUCUGCGUCUAAGUUUCCCCAUUGAAGUUGAUGAAAUGUACAGCCCACUGGAGGAACCGCAACCUCACAGAGUUCCCAAUCUGGCAGAACCCUGCGAGUGCAGCCAGUCUGAGGUCACUUUCUUGAGUGUUGGAGAUCCCAACUGGUCGCAUUCCCUCAGGGAAUGUCUUCAGGAAAAUGACAGAGUGGUUUCAGCAUCACAAAGUUUGCAGUCAGACUCUGCAGCUCGUCUGGACUUAUAUGGGAGCUGGCCUGUGGAGUGCAGCUGUAGCACUGGAACCGAAGCGCAGGGGUGUGAGGACUGCUGUGCGAAUGGCUUCAGUCAGUCUGUUUUAUAUGUAACUCUAGAUGAUGAUGCCCAGCCCUCUCAGAAUGGCAUCUCAAAUCCAGCAAAAGAGAAAAUAAGGAAUAAAAUUCAUCUGUACAACCAGGGGUUAAUAAAAACUGAAGAACUUCUUUCGCUAAAGUCAGAGUGAUUCAGCAAUAGGUUGGAUAUCUCCACAAAAAAAUAAACUCUGGGAUUUUUAUCAGCAGUGGGGAGUGUUGGAGCUCAUUUUGUUUGAACGUUUGUUUGUUUGUGCUGCUUUUAAAAAUAUUUGAAGAUAUUUUAACUGUAUUUCUAUAUU